AUGAACAGGAAGCUGUAUGGUCUGGUCAGGUUCUUCUGGGCUUCUGCAGAGAAGAUGAGGAGACUGAUGGGGAUCCAAGAUCUAUGGUUCCAGGCUGGGUCUCAGGAUCAGAGAGAGGGGUUCUGCAAGAAAGGUUCAGAGCAGGGUUUAGGCAAGGCUGGUGGUAGCCUGUCUACUCAGCUAAAGCAAGCCUACCUUCCUCUGGUGGACCACAAGACCUGCUCCAGCAGUGGCUGGUGGGGUAGUACUGUGAAGACCACUAUGGUGUGCGGUGGUGGCGGUAAUGAGUCUGGAUGUAAUGGUGAUUCUGGAGGUCCACUUAACUGCCAGGUUAGCGGCAAGUACUAUGUGCAUGGCAUUGCUAGCUUUGUGUCUGGCUACGGUUGCAACUAUCCUCAGAAGCCCACCGUUUUCACCCGUGUGUCUGCCUACAUCAACUGGAUUAACUCAAUCCUGUAACAGGUGUUUUCAGAAUUCUGGGGUGCGCAACUUUAUUAAAUAAUGUUUGCAUCUAAAGAAAAACAACAGAUUCACUGCAUUUAAUAAAAAUCAUCAAACGUUGUUUAAAGC